AAGGACAUGAAGAAGUACGGCUGGGACAGUUUUACAGACCUACUUUUCAGAAAUCCUGCAGCUGCUGAACAGGAUUCACAUGUGGACGCUGGCGAUGAAAAUGCAGAGCGUGGGAACUGGUCCAGUAAGAGGGACUACAUCCUCUCUAUGAUCGGCUACGCUGUCGGACUGGGAAACAUCUGGAGGUUUCCAUAUUUGGCCUACAAGAAUGGAGGAGGUGCCUUUCUUAUCCCCUAUUUCACAAUGCUGGUGCUGACUGGAAUUCCCCUUUUCUUCCUGGAAAGUGCCUUUGGUCAGUUUUGCAGCCAAGGGCCGAUCAAUGUAUGGAGAUCAGUGCCACUUCUGCAAGGUGUUGGUAUUGGAAUGGUCAUGGUCACUCUGAUAGUAUCGAUUUAUUAUAACGUCAUCAUUGCCUACAGUCUGUACUACAUGUUCGCCUCCAUGCAGUCUCCUCUGCCAUGGUCCAGGUGCUUCAGCUGGGCUGACAGUAACUGCAGCRACACACCUAUUGGUUACUGUAAUGUGAGUGGUGUUUUGAUGACCAACUGGACUCAGAACAACAACACUUGUCYAUCAGCUGUAAUCACAGUGCCAGUGCAGAGCCCGAGUGAGCAGUACUGGGACCGUGUAGCUCUGCAGAGAUCCAAUGGUCUGGAUGAAACGGGGCCAGUGGUUUGGCACUUGGCCCUCUGUUUACUGCUGAGCUCCAUCAUUGUUGCAGGAGCACUUAUCAGAGGGAUCAAAUCAUCAGGCAAAGUUGUGUAUUUCACGGCCACGUUUCCCUACGUGGUGAUUUUGAUCCUGCUGAUCCGAGGUGUGACCCUCGAGGGAGCCAAAGAUGGAAUCGAGUUCUAUAUUGGUGCCCAAUCCAAUUUGACAAAACUAUCAGAAGCCCAGGUUUGGAAAGAUGCUGCGACUCAGACCUUCUACUCUCUCUCCAUCGGCUGGGGAGGACUCAUGACUCUGGCUUCUUAUAACAACUUUCACAACAACGUCUUUAAGGACUCAUUUAUCGUAUCGCUUACUAAUUCUGGGACCAGUGUGCUCGCAGGCUUUGCUAUAUUUUCUAUUUUGGGUCACAUGGCGCAUAUUUAUAAAAUACCUGUUGAAGAAGUUGUGAAAGAAGGAUUUGGCCUGGCCUUCAUUGCCUACCCAGGAGCUCUUUCUAAGCUUCCUGUUGCACCGCUGUGGUCCGUUUUGUUCUUCUUCAUGCUUCUAACUGUUGGCCUGGACUCUCAGUUUGCAGGAAUAGAGGUAUUAACCACCUGCCUGCUUGAUGCGUUCCCAAAAAUCUUCAAAYCCAGACGAGCCUUGUUGACAAUAACAACCUGUUCCUUUCUCUACCUCCUGGGUCUGCCAUGCGUCACACAAGCAGGAAUAUACUGGGUGACUCUCAUCGAUCAGUUUGUAGCCAGCUGGGUGCUGCUGUUUUUGGUUCUCUUGGAGAUCAUUGGCAUCUCCUACAUCUACGGCGGGAAUCGUUUUAUAAAAGACAUCGAGAUGAUGAUUGGGAGCAAGACUUCAGCGUUCUGGUUGUGGUGGAGAGUGUGUUGGUUUUUUGUCAGCCCCUGCAUCAUACUGGUGAUCUUGGGAUGGUCUGUUGUGAACUUUGUCCCCCCCACCUAUGGAAAAGUAGACUAUCCAGCCUGGGGUUUGUCUCUGGGCUGGUGCAUGGUCGCUUUUGUCCUUAUCUGGAUCCCUGUUGCCGCUGUUUAUAAGCUGAUAAAAGCAAAGGGAAACCCCUGGAAGCGUCUGAAGUCACUUUGUUCUCCAUCUGWAGCCUGGCACCCCUACCUGGACAUGCAUCGAGGGGAGCGCUACUCUGAGGAGCGCUGCCGCCGGAAGAAGAAAAGUAAAAGUCAUUUAGAGGUUAAUGUUGACGUAAUCUCAAGCUCAUGGCUCUGAUGAGUCCCUUAUUCUGUUUGCUUGUUUCAUUUUU